UUUAAAUAAGUUGUAUAUAAAUAAAGGUUAUGGACUUCAAAUCUCGGCAUUUGUAGCUCAGCUAGCCUGAACCUAAAACAAAAGGAACUAUUUGGAUUAAGGUUUUCGUCAGAAGCUCCCGUUAGAAAUCCACAGUAAAAAGUAUGACAGUAAUGGAAAACUACACCAACGAAACAUCGGAUACAGUAGAAGAAUGGAAUAGCAAGCUAGCCAGAGUCCUAAUUCCAAAUAAUGUCAUCCUUUCUCUUUAUAUGAUUGUAGGAUUAGUUGGGAAUUCUACCGUGAUUUUUAUUUACGGAUUUAAAAUGAAAGGCAACAAGAUAAAGGGAAACAAAGAAGAAAGAUAUUUCAUUCCAUUUCUUGCCACUGCUGAUCUAUGUGCUUCGCUAGUUUGUGCUUCGUUUGGAAUCGCUCAAAACUUGAUGCAGGCGACAUUUGAUAACGAGCCUUUGUGCAAGACCUGGUGGUUCUUUGCAGGCCUUACCACGUUGAUAUCAGUUUUUCUCCUUAUAGUCAUUGCUGUACACAGAUACCUCAAGGUCUGCAAACCUCUCGGAAAACAAAUGACAUUGAAGUGGAAGUGGUUCGCCUUGGGUUUGUGUCUAGCAAUUGCACUCCCAUUAGCGGGGCCCAUGACAUAUUUUUAUGGAUCGGAAUCUUUCUUUAAUGAUGAAUUGAAGAUCUACGGUCGCCGAUGUGGAAGAUUGAGCACAACGAACAAAACGAGCUCUUUGAUAUUUGGUGGCUCUCUUGUUCUAACAGCAAUUGCAAUUAUUGUUGUGUUAAUCUGUCUGUAUUCCAAAGUGGGGUACACUAUUUUUGUACAUUUUAAAUAUACAAAAGUUCUUGGUAACCACAAUAAAACAGAAUAUUCUCGAAGUGGGGUCUCCACUGAUGACGACCCUUGCAGCAAAUCUGACAUGAGUUCGUUUGAGACCCUCGAGACACCCACUACGAUAACAUCGGCUGUGUACUCCACACAGAAGACCACGUGCCAAAUUGACACACCCGUUAAUAAAGACAAACAUCUUCCAAAGCAGUCAAGUAGAAAGCGGAGAAGAAAUAAGAGAAUUGUGCAUAAAUUUACACUGAUGUUCAUGCUUAUUACUAUCAUAUUUAUAAUUUGUUACAUUCCCAAAGUUAUUAUCAUGCUUCUAGAGGCGAGCAACACGAAAUUCUGGGAGGGGUUUUCUGAUGCCGGAAGAUCUGCCGUGUCGUUUGUUUACAGGAUUUACAUAUUAAACACUGUCACGAAUCCAUUUAUUUAUGCCUUUCUUGACAAGAAAUUUUCUAAGGAAAUUAAGAAAUUAUUUAAAUCUUGUAAAAUACUACAGUUCAGAUAAUCAUAAAAC